GUUGGCGCGGCCAGACUAGCUUCAGCGGUAUAGUGUAAAGUCCAUUUUAUUAUACAUUCGCAAGUUACGUACAAUGAAAAUUAUGUUCGAAAGAUUGUGAGCAUUUCAGUUCAUAACAUUAGGACACCAGUGCACACAGGCGAACCGCGCCGUGUGCGUAUGUUUCACAAGGUGAUAUUGAAAAGUAGCUCCAAUAUAUUAUUUUCAUGUCUGCACGGAACAUCGUUAUCGGGGCUGAUUUGUGAUAAGCCGCGCCAUGCCGUGGGUAAUCUUAUCAUUGAGCGAUAAUAGUUAUAAGUGUCAGUGAGCUAUGUGCCUGCGGGCCGCUGGUACUAGUGCUGCGGCAGGUAACUCCUGAAUUCAGUUGGCACGGUGCUCCGCGGUGUUUGCGAAUAGUGACCAUGACGCCCAAACAUCUCUGCGUAUUGUUGCUGGCAUUCGUUGCGGCCACUGCAGUAACAGGUCAGAGCGACGAUAUCCCCAUUGAAAAUGAUAACCAAUUCCCGCCGGAGAACCCUGCUGACGUGAUCGAAGGCAGCGGCGGUGGUACUAUAGACGAGCCGCCAGUACCUUCUGAAACUACAUCAGCGACAGAAACUACACUAGCACCACUGCUAGAAGAAGUACAGCCCACGAAUCUGCUAUCUGAGGUUGUUACAACCUCUGAAGACCAAUCUUGUCCAAAACCGUGCGUCUGUCAUUAUGAGGGAGAAAGCGACGACUUCGUGGUUGACUGCUCCGGAUAUGACCUGACAGAAUUCCCGUCGCCAAUAGACCCGAAAACUACCGUACUCAAUCUACAGAAAAAUAAGUUGACAACGUUACCUAAAGAAGUUUCGUCACUGAAAAUUUUAAAAGUAUUGAAUGCCGAGAACAAUUCCAUAAUGGAUUUGGCUUUAGGGUCGGUUAGUGAGCUACCUGAACUGAAAGUGCUGAAAUUGGCCAAUAACAGACUGAUAGAAUAUCCGCAAGAUUUGAAAAACAGUCUUGUUCUAACCAAACUGGAAGAGCUCGAUUUGGGAGGCAAUGAUAUGAGAACGGACCUGAGGGCUGAGACUCUUUCGAACUUCCAAGCUCUUCGUAGGGUAACUUUGGCAACAUCUAACGCCGAGUUGCUGCAGAACUUGUGCAGUACCUUGAAAUCGAGUUUGGAAACUGUAUGUACUGAAUCAUGUGACACUAAAUUAUUUGAGUGUGCGGAUGCUCCUCAGGUAAUCGACGAUGAUCUAAUUGAAGCCACGCUACCUGGCAUGAUUUCUUUCGAAGGCGAUGAAAAUGCCGACCCUGUUAUCAAUACUGAUAAUGUUAAUACUGAGACAAGUUCUGCUACAGAAGAUACGCCGGCAGGAAAUAACGAUAACAUGGCUAAAAGUGAACAAUCAACAGAAAACCCUGUAUCACCAAACCAGAAUGUGUCUCUUACUUCAGGACGUGCUUUGAUAAACAACAUAGCAGAAGAGAGUACGCCGCAAAAGUUGAAUAAUAUCGUAGAAGCUCCAAAAGAUACCACAAAUGUAGAAGUUAAAGCUGGAGCAGCUACAACAGGCGAAUCCAAAACUGGAGGAGUUGAUAAAAGUGUGAUUGGUAUUAUUGUAGCUGGUAUGGUAGUUGUAGUCGCUGGUAUUACAAUCAAAAAGAACUGGAGUUCAAUAAAGAACAGAUUUAGUUCGUCACCCAGGCCCGCCGAGCGGGGAGGCGGCACUGCCAACGGCAACGGCACGUCACCUGAGGAGGUUCCUCUGCAAGACAAGGACAAAUCUCCUGUAUAAGGCAAACAUACUUACUUAUUUGUCAUUUGAUAUGAAUGGUUUCGAUCUGAAUGUUGUGUAGCAAUAUUAUUUAUUUACCAAUGUUAAUUUGAGAGUCUUCUCACAAAAUGUCCGCUGUUUCUACAACCGUUGAGGAUUACGGUCGUGAUGUCAUGUUUAUGAUGCAUGCAAGUAUGUAAAUUAUAGAUAACAUUAUUUAAGUUUUGGUAAGGUCGUUAAUGUAUUUAAAUGUAAAUAAAUUAACAUGCCAGUUUGGGCGACGUGCAUAAUUUGUUUUGUACUUUAAUACAAUGUAGUAAGGUUGUAUAUUAAUUGUAAUAAUUGAUAAUAAACGAUAUACAUUUU